AAUUAUAGUCAUGGCAAGUAAAAGCAUUCGUGGUAGUAACACACACUGGUACUAGAGGUCGCCAGUUAUGGACGGUGUCAUCACGCUUUGUAUUUAUUGCGAGAAAUCACAGUGUCUCGCACAAGGUUGCGGUCUAACCCUAUACGUGGCGAGAAGUGAAAGUAUUCGGCUAUACAUAGCAUAGCAAUUUUUUUGCACAAAUAUUUCUUGCCGAAAAACUACGUCAUAUGUGGAAGCGCUAGUGUUCGCAGUUGGUAUUCUGAUAGAAGGCACGCCCAUGUAAUUCAUGUGUUUAGAGUACCCCAGUAAUUAUUACUGAUGAUUUCAGCGGUGUGCAUAAUAUAAAGUCAAAAAAGUAAAGUGUAAAGUAAAUACAUAUAACACGCCGUGUAUUACAGACUUGCAGGCGAAUUCGAGAAGACGCAGAUCACGCUUAAGGGAUACUUGACGGAGCACCAGAUUAUCGACAGCAGAGACUGAAAAGAUAAGAUAGCCCUAUCUUCCUAGAUAUAUCACCUAAAGUAAAUUUUGUCGGCACAUCAAAACACCGCGCGUAUUUUUGACAUUUGCUUAGUUCAUAAAGUACUAGCAGUACAGAAGCUUCUGCUACACAGUUACAACGUCGAGCAAAAUUAUGUUUAACACUGGAAUAGCGAAGUGUGGAUUUUCAAAGGCCUGUAAAAAUUCGACAUUUGGUGAAAAUAACAUGUCUCCAGCUGCUACUACGACUACCAGCAGCGUCAAAUCCGAGAACAAACUUAUUACGGACACAUCGGUAGCUAAUAAUACUACUGCCAAUGCAGCAACGAAUAGCCCCUUCAGCACUAGUACAUUUACACCCCCAACUACUAUUGGAACUACCGCUUCAGUCACAACAACUUCUGCUAAUAUUUUCAAAACUGCCAACGCCAAUACGACUGCCCCUACUUCCGACAAAAAUACAACUAGUUCCAGUGAAGAUUCCUUAUUUGGCCGCAUUGUUCCCACUGUAACUAGUGAUAACGAUGUAUUCGGACAACCAAAACCUUUAUUUGGCCCGGUUCCUCAUGAUUCUAAUCAACAUAAGCCUUUAUUCGUCGAUCUCAACCGAUUAUUUCCUAAUAAAAUGGUUCACGAGGCAGUGCAAAUUAAGGAGGUCGGACAAGUGGGUGCCGUUAUGUCUAGCUACAUUUGGAAAAUAUCAAACUUCAGCGAUUUAUGCAAAUCAAGUGAAAAAGUCGUACUGUGCGUAUCGCCGAUGUUCAUGAUCGGUAGUGCCGGACUAGGUGAAAAGAGAUGCAAGAUGUAUCUGUAUCCAUGCGGUACUUCUACACUUAGCAAAGAUUACGCAUCUAUUAAUAUAGAAUGUCAGAACAACGUCAACUCCGAAGCGCAGAUUACUUUUUCGAUUCUCGAUGCUAAUUUACAAAUCGUGAACGAGACCUUUUCGAGUCCACUGACCACUACCUCUGAUCCAGCUACGAAGAUGGGCUGUAGUCAAUUUAUUAAAAGAGAUACAUUAUUGGAUGCGAAUAACGGGCUGCUUUCGAACGAUACGCUAACUAUUCUGUGUCGGAUAUCCUUGAAGACGCUGGACGUCGGUAGACCGGUUUUUUCAUUGAAGAUGAAAAUAAACAAGGAUUUUGAAGGAUUAUUCGAGAGCGAGAAAUUCAGCGAUUUCGUUGUGGAAGUCGAAAAUCACGAGUUUGAUGUACACAGGUCCGUUUUGGCGGCGCGAAGUCCGACCUUUCGUGAAAUGUUCGAAAAUGCAUCGGAUGCCGCUAACGAGGAGCAGAACAAAUUCAAACUGCAUGACGUAAAGUACGAAGUGAUGGAGCAAGUUUUGCGCUUCAUUUACACGGAAAAAGUUAACGGAUUAAAUGAACUGGCGAACGAGCUACUCGUAGCAGCUGUCAGAUUCAAACUCGAUGAUUUGAAAGCGUUGUGCGAAGAGUCUCUCUUUAAAAAUGUGAAUGUCACCAACGUCGCCGAUGUCCAUGUUUUAGCUGACAAACACGAUUCGAAAUGGCUGAAAGACCGAACCACAGACUUCAUAAUCGAUAAUGUGCAUAGUGUUAUGAAAACUUCGGCUUAUAAAGGUUUGGUUGGUUCACAUCCACAUCUAUUGGACGAGCUUUUGAGCGAAAUAGUACAGCGAAAAAUUAGUCGGCCUAUCGAACCACCAGUGCCAUCGUUGUAAAAGUAAAGAUUCGAGAACAGAGAUUAGAGUAAAAAUAAACUUUUAUCGCUCAUCGGCUCUAGUCGAUAAGAGACAUGCAUUUCAUGACACGGAUAAUCUUUUGCAUUUUAUAACAUUUGCAAUGUAAGAUAAGUUUAAUCAACAUAUUAACCCCAAUAAUGUUUACAAUAACUGAAAACUAUAUUAUUUUGUACUACAUAUUUGUAAAGUGAUUCGUAUUAUUACAUAGAAAAAAGACUAUUAACAAGAAUUAUUAACUUA